AUCAAAUAAACGUAAGUAAGCUCUUUAUAAAAGCUCCUGUCACGUACUACAUCGUUACAGUUGCACAGACACAUUUCUUUGAAUAUUAACAAAAAUAUUUUCCGGAAACAUGCUUUCUAAAAGCGCCCGCGCUUUCACGCUCCUGGUGUUGGGAGUAGCAUUUUUUACGAAUCUGGAUGCAGCAAGUAUUGCAUCGGACGACCUUCCAAUGGAGGUGAUGGAGUUGAAGUCACAGUUGCAAGAGUUAAAGGCAACUGUGAGUCAAUUAGAGAAUAAGAUGACAUCCAACAUCGCGGACCAAUUCGCCGACAAAACGAUCGACAGCAUUCGCACCAACAAUCAAAAAGACGCCACCAAAUUCUGGAUGGAACUCCUCAACCACGCCAAACAAACCAGCGACAAUCGAACCGACGAACUCUUGAGCACCAUCGUGAUGAAGGCGUACUCCGGAAAACGCACAAAUUUCUACCCCCUCCUAGAAUUCAUCAUUAAAAACAACAUAACUCUCGCCUACCCCAAGCUGUACGACGCCCUGAAUUAUUACGACCACAUCUUCGACGGUCAAGAAGUCUUCGUCCUUGCCCAGUAUUUACGACAAGUUUGCGGCGAAAGUACCCAACUUUACGGGAAACUUCCCCUCCCCGUCCGUCGCGUGAUUGGAGGUCCCGUCCUCUUCAAAAACCAGGACAAUCGCGGCUACAUCAUUGGAACGGAACACACCCCCUGCAAAACGAGGGAGGAAUGUUACGCCAACCCAAAAACGGAAGCGUACGUGUUCCGAACCUCGAAUUCCUUAAGGGAAACCGAUGUCCUCAAGAAUCCCAGAGCGCAGUGGAGGUUCACCCCACCGAUUACGAUGGAUAUGUGGGCAGGCUUCAACGGUACCCGGAUGGCGUGGGGUUUCCACUUAAAGAACGUGGCGGAGAAUAAGUUUCUUAUCACGAAACUCCGUAUGACGACGUUCUUUUUGAGGAAUGACACGAAUUUUGACUCGUAUUACGUGGGGGAUUUGCAAUGUCAGUAUCAACCCAUGCUGGUGAGGGGGGAAGAAGGGGACAGUAUUAGGUUGGCCGUGGUGGAGAAGUAUGUUCCUAAGAGGGAAUUUAUUUACGGGGGGAAUUGGGGCAAGAAGGCGGAUAAGGUGCAGCUCGGGAGGAGGGGACAGUUCAGGGAGGAGAUGGGUGGAAUGCUUUGGGAGGUCAAGAGCGUCAUGAAGGAGGACGAGGAGGACGACGGUGAUAUUAAUGGGAAAGUUGAUAGUGAAAUGUCAAGUGAGCCGAAAUGCCAAUUUUAAUCCAAGUUUUAUUGAUCGUUUCUAUUUUUAUAUGUACAAAGUUAUUUCAAGUUUAUUUAUAUAGUAAUAAGUCUAAUUUUUGGUACGUUUGUUUGUGUAGCAAUUUUUUGUAUUUGUUAAAUAGUAUAUUUUUAGAUAUAAUUUUGUAUUCGUUCGUAUACUUUUUGGAUAAAAUUUGUGUAUAAGAAGAAGCAAAUUUUGUAUGUAUGGAUGUAUGAGAGCACUUAUAUAAUUUGUGUGUAUGUGUGUAUUUUGGAUUAAAUAAUGUAAUCUAGUACAAGUUAUGAUUGAAUAUUUAGUGUUUCGGGUGCAACAAGUAACGAACUUUUAAGAAAUAUGUAACAGCAAGAAAUUGGUUUUUUGUAGCGGUUUCGACCUGCAAGAAAUGCGAAGCGCAGGAAACUACGCCUCGCCGCUGUACUUCAUACGGCGCACAUUUCUCCCAGUUUCUUGCACCCCGCAUUUCUUGCAUUUCAUACUUUUUACUGCAAGAAAUGUAGAAAACCCACAAAAAAACCAAACACGUUCAUGCGCGACAAAUAAUAAAUGAUUUAAAUAUA